AUGUCCGACCCUAAGCCCCAGCCCAGCACCCCAGAGGAAUGGAAAGCCUAUGCUUUCUCAAAGGAUGUUACUAGUAUUCCAUUACGAGAAGCAGAAAAUGUGAACAAAAUUGCGGCAAAUAUUUUUGCUCUUACGAAGCAUGAGAAUGUCGUUUCACCUCACAAGAAUGGCACCAUACAGAUCACUGCAAGGGUUUUGACGGCGGAUGCGCCGGUGACCAUAGUAAUACCGUCGGAUGCCUCGGGCGCAAUAUCCAUCUACGCCGCCAUUCUGGAUCAGCCGGUCACGAUACUCAAUGGCUCCGACAAUUUGGAACUUGAUCUUGGGCCCGAGUCCGAGUAUAUUGGCGUUACCAUUGGGUUCUCCUCGGGCGGAAUGGAGCACGACUACGAGAAGAAAUACCCGUCGACCUCAAGCGAUGACCUGAAAGCAAGCCUGAACACGCAACUGCGUAUUGCUCUUGUUCAGUUCUGGAAGAACAUGUCCGUUGCAGUCUCGUUGAGCUCCUAUGUUGCGACGAUGACGACUAAUCAAGAGUACUUAAAUCUGCUCAACACGCAGGCGGUGGCAGUAGGCCAACAACUCGCCGGACAAGCCAUGGCCGGACCGGACAUGAGCUAUGCUCCUGUUUUAGUCCUUGAUAGAUAUAAAGAGUCUACACAACAGGCACUUAAUGCUGCUACCGCUUUCGAGGCCCAGUUCGAGCGAUUCCAGGAUAAGAAGGAGUCUUUGGAAGUCCACAAACAGGCUUGGGAUACCAUGCUCGCACAGGCUAGAAAUGAGAAUUCCAUGCGCGUCAACCUUCGCAACAUGGCGCUGGAUAAGUACGAAUCGGCUCGUCAGACUGCCGUGAGCUGCGAGGCGCAGUUUAAAGAAGACGACUUUGCCUUAGAAAUUCUCAGAAUUCGUUUCGAGAAUGGGCUCCAGAAGUGGAAGGAUGAACAGGAGUUGAAAGCCGUGUUUCAAAUCCUCAUGGCAGCCGCUUCCUUUGCAUUGAAUAUUGCAACGCUUUGUAUGGGCAACCCCGGAGGCGGCGGUGGCGCCGCAGACGCUGUAGGGAAGGCCGUCGAGGCGGUCAAGGUAGCAGAGGGUCUCGUCGGCCAAAUUGGCAAAGUCUUGAGAUCCGAUACCUUUAAGAAGUUGGCCGAGUGUGUCGAGGCGCUUUUGGCAUUGGAUCCCAUCAUAGAGUCCGUGGUGGAUGCAGUAGGCAAGUUCGAGAUCGAUCCUACCGUGGAGAUCCCAUCUCUGGACACCAUCACUGGCACCAGCCAGGGUGAUGCGAAUGCUGCGGCCAUCGUGACAAUGGCUGCGUGGGAUAAAUGGAUUCUCGAGUCAGACGAGCAGAUGGAAUUUGCUGUGAGUGAGGGUGUUGACUAUGCCAGCGACUACAGACUGGCACUGCGAAAGCAUGCCAUCAACGGGAAGCAGCUGACUCAGGCCCAUGCUGAAAGCGUUAAAGCAGGCUACGAGUAUGUCCAGGCCCAGAUGGAAGUCAUUGUGUCUGAACAACAGAUUUCCGGCCUUCAAAGGCUACGGGACGAGUAUGAGGAACAAGAGGCCAUCUACGCUCUUGCCGAGUCCAUGCUCUACGAUCGCGCCAUGGCCCUAAGAACCACUGUUGUUAUAUCCCUUCGGAACAUGGCAUGGGCUUAUCGUUACUGGGCCCUUACUGCAAGCUCCAUUAGUCUUGACUCCCGAAAACCUCUCGUCGAGUACCAGCAAGACCUCUCCAUCAUCAUACAAGAGAUGGUAAAUGCUGAUUCACGAUAUUCUAGCGACUUCCAACCUUUCGACUAUGAUAUCGACUCUGAGGAUAGGGCUGACGAAGAUCAGCUCCCUGCUGGAUGUGGGCAAUCAAUGAAGGAUGGUAUCAAGGGGAAGAACCACAUUGGUAGCUUCACACUCGCUCCAGAAAAGGGGCUUGCAAGUGAUUUUGACGAAGGCUCCCACUACCGUCUAGAUGGGCUUAAUCCUACCCUACUUGGAGUGCUCCCCAAUCCAAACGCUCUAAAGGGUGGAGUGGCAGUGGUGAACUUGCGAAUCACCACUUCUGGAAUCUACGCAGACAUUGAAAAAGAUAAAGUAUUCCGUUUUGCAAGUCUUCCUCAAUCUCGAAGGUGCUCGUACGAGCUGGACGAGAAUGGGAUUAGAGGAAAAACUCGCGUCUAUCCCGCCUUUGAAACAAAAGACCAUGCCGAGCCCACUCCAUUUACCCAGUGGAAGAUUGAGCUGUUGAACCCAGAGGACAUUCUUUUGGAUGGCUUAAGGGGGAUCGAUUUGCAGUUUACGGGGCAUGUUCGUUUUGAUACGAAGCGCCGCAGACCUAGGGUGAAGGACUCUAGGAAGAAUUAA